CACCUCCGAUCUUUUCAUCGCAAUAUAUCUGCAGAUUCAGAGAACUCAGGGAAUCAUAUGCAUUCAGCAUUGUGAAGAUACGUUGAAGUCGAACUCUCAUCUUUCAAAAUGGCCGCAAAGUCGCCUGAGGAGGGCCAAGAUUCUUUUUGCCUUUCUGUCUUACCAGAGGAAGGAAAUGUCAGCCCACAAUGUAUGUCACCAUUAAAUUUUCUGAGCUUCUUAGGACUCCCUUUUUCAUCGAAAAAUCAAAUGUGCAUGGACACUCUACUGAGUUGCCAGAACUGCGUUGUUUUACAACUGCAAAAUGAAGAUGAUUAUUCACCUUCAGUUGUGAGUAUAAAUAUUGAGAAGGAAAAUUCUGAAGUACUCAAAUCCAAUGAAGAAAUGGUAGGAAAUUCAAAAAGUGAAGGCUUAGUUUCGCAUUUUCAGAAGGUGUUGCAGAGACAAGCAAGCUUAAUUACAGAUAAAUCACCAACUGAGAGGGUGCAUGACACACCAACAAAUAGAUGGAGAAGAUACAAGCGUGCUGCCUUAUUUGAUUCAAGAAAAGUUGUCCUCCUUUUCUCAAUCUUGUCAAGUAUGGGAACAUUGGUGUUGAUAUAUCUGACACUGAGAGUUAGGCAAACAGCUGAUGGUUUCAACCAUGUCUAGGCCUACUAUAUUCUUCACCUCCUGAUCUAUGCUUGAACUUUGUUUUCUAAGGUUGUAUUGAGAACUACUGUCUCUUGAGAACUGUUGUUGAGUCAAGCUUUCUGAAAUAUCUUUAAGAUUUCCUUUGUGUAUAUAAAUAAAUUACUUGAGAACAGAAUGACUAAAGCUUAUCUUUAGAGGGUUUCAAGUUUCAACGGAAAACUCAGUACUUUAUUUUAUUUUAUUUUUUUUUGGCCAUAUUAGACGACUAGUGUUAUGUAAAUUCCGCUGCUGUUUUUCAAUACAAUGCUUUGAAAAGU